GCUGGCUGCGCCUGCGGCCCCGGGGCCUCCCUCCCCUGCGCUUUAUAUCUCCUCUCCUCUCCUCCUCCUUCGGCCUCGCACCCCUCGCCGCCAAUGCCACUGCCACUGCCACUUGUUGACUGAUUCACCCCCACGCCAUUUCGCACACCAGAGACUGGUAGAGGACCAGAGUUCCAUGGAGGAGGGGAUGCGGGUGGCGGUGGUGGGCGCCGGCGUGAGCGGCCUGGCGGCGGCGCACGAGCUGGCCAGGGCCGGCGGGGCGGCGCGCGUGACGGUGUACGAGGCGGAGGAGAGCCUCGGCGGCCACGCCAGGACCGCCGACGUCGACGGCGUCCAGCUCGACCUCGGCUUCAUGGUCUUCAACCGGGUGACAUACCCAAACAUGCUGGAAUGGUUUGAAGAGCUCGGGGUAGAGAUGGAGAUAUCAGACAUGUCGCUGUCAGUGAGCACACAGCUCUCCGGUGGCGGCAGGUGCGAGUGGGGCAGCCGGAAUGGCCUCUCGGGCCUCCUAGCGCAGAAGAGCAAUGCCCUCCGCCCUGCCUUCUGGCACAUGAUCCGCGAGAUACUCAAGUUCAAGGAGGAUGCCCUCAAGUACCUGGAGGACCAUGAGAGCAACCCUGACCUGAACCGGCACGAGACUCUGGGCCAGUUCAUCCAGACGCAUGGAUACUCCCAGCUCUUCCAGGAGGCAUACCUGAUCCCAAUCUGUGCGAGCAUAUGGUCAUGCCCGUCGCAGGGGGUGCUCGGCUUCUCUGCUUUCUUCGUUCUCUCCUUCUGCCGCAACCAUCACCUCCUUCAGAUCUUCGGUCGGCCCCAAUGGCUCACCGUCAAAGGUCGCUCGCAUACAUAUGUAAACAAGGUAAGGGAAGAACUGGAAAGCAUGGGUUGUCAGAUUAAGACCAGCUGCCAAGUCAAAUCUGUUUCAAGCGUUGAAGGAGGAUACAAAGUCUUGGAGGUCGGUGGCUCGGAGGAGGUGUACGACAAGAUCAUAUUUGGUGCUCAUGCACCUGAUGUUCUGAGAAUGCUAGGAGAUGAAGCAACACACGAGGAGUUGAGAAUUCUGGGUGCUUUCCAAUAUGUCCACAGUGACAUAUACCUCCAUCGCGACGACACUUUGAUGCCACAGAACCCGUCAGCAUGGAGCGCCUGGAACUUCUUGGGGACAACAAGCAGCGGCGUCUCUGUUACCUACUGGCUAAAUCUCCUCCAGAACAUCGAAUCUACCGGCAAGCCUUUCCUGGUGACACUGAAUCCACCUCAUGUCCCGGAUCAUGUCGUGCUCAAAUGGAACACCGGCCAUCCUGUUCCAUCUGUCGCGGCUGCAAAGGCUUCGUUGGAGCUUCAGCAGAUCCAAGGAAACAGGGGAAUAUGGUUCUGUGGGGCAUAUCAAGGUUAUGGCUUCCAUGAAGAUGGCCUUAAGGCUGGGAAGUCUGCGGCUCAAAGUUUGCUUGGGCAGAAGAGCAGCCUUCUUCUGAACCCAAAACAGAUGGUGCCGUCAUGGACGGAAACUGGGGCUCGCCUUCUGGUAACAAGGUUUCUCAACCAAUAUGUCACCAUCGGUAACAUGACCAUUCUUGAAGAAGGUGGCACUAUGUUCAGUUUCGGUGAAGUCGACAAAAAAUGUCUUGUCAAAACUGUCUUGCGAGUUCAUGACCCACUCUUCUACUGGAAGGUCGCAACCGAAGCGGAUCUUGGUAUGGCUGAUGCAUAUAUUAAUGGUUAUUUUUCUUUUGUUGAUAAAAGAGAAGGGCUCCUGAAUCUUUUCCUGAUUCUCAUUGCAAACAGGGAUGCUCAGAAGAGUAGUAGUAGUGCUGCCAGUAAAAGGGGUUGGUGGACACCCAUGCUUUUGACAGCUGGGAUAGCAUCUGCAAAAUAUUUUCUGCGCCACAUCUCAAGGAAGAAUACUGUCACACAAACUCGCCGAAACAUCUCUCAGCACUAUGAUCUGAGUAAUGAUUUCUUCUCGAUUUUCCUGGAUCCAUCGAUGACUUACUCUUGUGCAGUAUUCAAGGUGGAAGAUGAAAGCUUGGAAGUAGCCCAGCAACGCAAAGUUAACCUCCUAAUCAAGAAGGCUAAAGUGGAGCGGAAUCAUCAUGUUCUUGAAAUCGGUAGCGGUUGGGGCAGCUUGGCGAUGGAAGUGGUGAAGCAAACGGGAUGCAAAUACACAGGGAUUACACUGUCUGAGGAGCAACUUAAAUAUGCUCAAAUGAAAGUAAAGGAAGCUGGUUUGGAGGAUCGCAUAACUUUCCUGCUGUGUGACUACCGUCAAAUACCAAGUCGGUGUAAGUACGACAGGAUCAUAUCAUGCGAGAUGAUUGAAGGGGUUGGUCAUGAAUUCAUGGACGAUUUCUUUGGCUGUUGUGAGUCUCUAUUGGCUCCAGAUGGCCUAUUUGUCCUCCAGUUCAUAUCGAUUCCAGAAGAACGGUAUGAGGAAUACAGGAGAAGUUCAGACUUCAUAAAAGAAUACAUCUUUCCAGGGGGUUGCCUUCCUUCCUUGGCCCGGAUCACGUCUGCCAUGUCCACCGCGUCCAGGCUCUGCAUCGAGCAGGUUGAGAACAUCGGGUACCAUUACUACCCGACGCUGAUACGCUGGAGGGAUAACUUCAUGGCCAACAAAGAUGCGAUUUUGGCUCUUGGAUUUGACGACAAGUUUAUCCGUGUAUGGGAGUACUAUUUCAUAUACUGUGCUGCCGGUUUCAAGUCACGGACGCUUGGAACUUACCAGAUUGUGUUUUCUCGACCUGGCAACGACAAGCUGGCCUACGCCGACAACCCCUAUGCAAGUCUUCCGGCAGCCUAGCAAGCUCACUGAACAAGUGCACGACCAUUCAAACUCAUACCUAUACAUAGUAGGUUGCAUUUAAUUAUCCAUAAAUUAAGGUCGAGAAAUUGUAAUUUCCAUAGGAGUGUGUGAAGUGUCGAUUAUAGUGCUACCACAGGGUGAUUCAUUGAUUGGUUCAUGUAAGGCGUGGUUCACCAUGGGUGAACAUAUAUACCAUGAGACAUUUGUCCGCC